AUGGCUGGAAAGGACGCAUUUGUGUCUACGAAUCAUCCAUCUCAUAUAUCUCGCCACCAAUUUGACGCCCUUCUAGCAUCUCACAAAGCUUUUCACGAAGUGGCCAUCAAGGUCACUGAUAUCCUUCAAUACCCAUCCCGAUCGGCACACUACCAGUCACUACCUAAUAAAGCUGAGGAUGAUAUUGACGUGAACUAUAUAGAUUAUGGGCAAAAUGUCUCGAAAGCUGACAGCUCAGUCUUUAGUCAAGAGAGAGGCGGUAUUAGGAAUCACGGCAAGCGGUAUACUCUACAUCAACAGGAGCGCAAGCCUGCUCCGGAUGAAACAAUGUCAGAGUCCACUUUCGAAGUAGAAAACAUGAGAGCAAGAAAAGUAUACAGACAAAAGCGACAACGAAGUAUCAAAAUGUAUGCCCGUCCCUCAGUAUCAUAUCUUGAGGCUGAGUAUGACUUCCGAUACAAGUUCUUUCCCGACGAUGUGUACCAACAGCUAGGGUGUAAACCAGAAGCCGUGGAUUUCGACCCUUGGGAGUGGGCUGGCGAAUCCCCAGAUUAUUCGGACGUCGAUGCUUAUAAUGCCUACCAUCAAUUGAACCAUGGAACGCGGCUUCAAAAAAUGGUAGUAUUGCGGAAGUCGGAGCUCAUGGAAGCGCUGUUUCCAUUGAGAACCAGCAGUAUGUUGCAAUGCAUGUCGUGGCCAGAACUCGAGUACUCUUACGGACUCCAUCUCAGGGACAUAAUCAAUCGAUUAGCAUUUAGCAAGUGUGAUAAUGCUAUCGGCUUUAUGGACAGCGACGUAACGUCCGUGAUCAUCGAAGUAGGGAGGUUCUUCACAGAGCUUGACUAUUCGAAUCGGCCAAAGGAUUUCCAUGAGGGGAACAUCCCCGACGCUGUUGGACCUUUCGUGAAUGGGCCACGGUCUGAAGACGUACGGAAGAAAUUCAAUUUGAAUCACUUGCAUCGGCGUUGUCACGAAAAAGGGCUGCUCAAAGACUGGGAAGGCAACAAUAUCAUUCGAAUAGUCUUUGACUCGGUCUCUGGCACCGGUACAACUGAGCGUCAAGCCGAACUUCUCUAUACACUGGAGGCCAUAUUCGCUAUAAAUAGAGCAAGACGGAGAAAUUGGCCUUUGCGAAGGCUCAUAUCCGAAGAAGAGAGCCAGAUGUUCAUACUCAAUUUCCUCGUGCUCUUCGACGUUCUAGAUUCGCAAGAUGAUGUUGAGCAGUCCAACGAUCAGGUCUUCGCAGCCCAUGAUCUCAAUCUCCAGACGCUGAUGAGCCUUGGUGGUCUUCGUGUUGUCUGGAGCGAUUGUAUUGACGAUCACCUGCGACUUUCGACCUCUUCGAGAACCUUGACGUUGUUCUGGGAUGUCAGCUUACUUGAUCAAUCACUACUUUUCUGGUACAACGCUCAGUCUUUGAAGAGUUUCCGGGAUGGUAUGGAUUCAACCGCCACAGUGAAUCCCAAGUUCCGCGUCCUGUACGAGCUCAAGAACACUUACCGGCUCCUCUUUCAUAACAUUGACGCCAAGCACUUCACAACGACGGAGAACUGCGCUGUCAAGAAUGCCAACAGAAGACCAGGCAUCAUGGUCCACGAUCUCCGGGUGGAUAUCAGUAGCGCGCGUGCGCGUAAGAUACUCAAGCAUCUUCUAAACACUCCACUACCUGGCAAGCUUGAUCGUGGAAAAAUCGACAAUGCCAGGUCAGGUCAGCUCGGACAUAUCUGGUGGCCCAUCGGCCAUGCCCUUAACAUACUCCACAGUCUCAUCCACAGAAAUCCUCCACCUAGUACCAUUUCCACCCACCUCGCCUCUGGCCCGCCCUACUCAUUAGACCUCUGCUGGCAUUUCGAAAACAUCCUUUCCCCUUACCCGGCCCUGGUUGGCGAAAGCGAAUCCGUGCGUUCGUUCAGUAACUUUCCGCGCUUCAGCUCUCGACUUCGGGAGAUCAAGUUCUACAUGGACAACCGGAAACCGAGCGGCUGGUAUCAGAUGUGGAAGGACAAACGUGAUCGCGUGCAGCACGUGACGUUCUGGGCUGUGCUUGUGUUUGGCACCAUCAGUAUCGCACUGGCUUUGAUCAGUAUCGCUGUGAGUAGCGCGCAGACUGUGGCUGCUUUUCGAUCCGUUGGAGGUGGUAAUGAAUGA